AGCAAGUCUCACAGAGUUUUGCAGAAAUAUCACUAUUCUAAUCAAUGCCGCUCUUUUCAAUGGAGCAUUGAAUUGUAGUUGUGAUAAUGUGGGAACAUUGGGUUCUAGUCAAGAGUGUGAAAAGCUGGGUGGUCAGUGUACUUGUGCAUCAAACAUUGUCACUCGAACUUGCUCAGCGUGUAGCUACACGUAUUUUGGAUUUGACAGUGCUGGCUGUGAAGCUUGUAUGUGUGAUGUGAUUGGAUCCAACUCAGUCGAAUGCAAUGAGACUGGUUAUUGUGAUUGCAAGGGAAAUGCAGGAGGGCAGAGAUGCAAUGUGUGUAAACCGACGUUCUUCAAUUUUAGCAGCAGCAAUUUAGACAUCUGUGAAGAUUGUUUGUGCAAUGUUCCUGGUUCUGAAUCAUCAGCUGGUGGGAGCUGCAAUGCUACAACAGGACAGUGUACAUGUAAAGCAAAUGUGAUGGGGUUGAAAUGUGAUACUUGCAAGACAGGAUUCCUUAAUCUGCAAGCAUCAGAUGUUGACGGAUGUGAACCUUGUAACUGCAAUGUUGAUGGAUCUACUGCAGCAUCGAUGGGUGCAUGUAAUGAUACUGGUCAGUGUGAUUGUAAGGCCGAUGUGGUUGGCCUGAAAUGUGACACUUGUCAAGACGGGUUCUUUCUGACUGGUAGUGAUUUUGCUAAUGGCUGUCAACAAUGUGGUUGCUCCCUGUCGUCUGCAGUAUCACUGUCAUGUAACCAGUUAACAGGACAGUGUCCUUGUAAAUCUGGUUUGACUGGUCGCACUUGUGGCAUCAUCGAAGACUUCCACUGGUUGCCUUUCUUAGAGGGUCUCAUCUAUGAAGCAGAGUCUGCUUGGCUUAGUGGAGGAGCCAUGGUUGAGAGACGAGUCAGUGAUCUUAGCAAGUUUACUGGAACGGGUGGAGUGAGAAUGAGUGGUGAUGGUAAUCGCAUUACAUUUCGUGUGACCGUUCCACAGAGAUCAAUUCAGUAUAGACUGAUUAUUCGUUAUGAGGCACCAAGUUCAUUUGACAGUGUCGUGUUGACAGCAGUGAGAUCAGGUGAUGGGGCAAGUGUACUUGCUGAUGAAGGCAUAUUACCAUCUGCACCUACAUUUGCUACUCCUCACGAAAGAGCGUUAAUAGGACAGCAGAUUGCUGACUCUGAACUGAUUGUUAACUUUACUUACAAUCUUAAUGCUGGAGCUGGAAAUCCCGUCGACGGAUUUUUUGUUGAUUCGCUUUUACUUAUGCCAGAACACACCGAUCUUCCUGAGUUUCAGGAGUUAUCUUUUGGUGAUCAAUUAGUGUUUCCAUUCAUUUGCUAUGACGUGCGGGAAUCGGUACCACAGUCGUCUUCAGCAAGUCUCACAGAGUUUUGCAGAAAUAUCACUAUUCUAAUCAAUGCCGCUCUUUUCAAUGGAGCAUUGAAUUGUAGUUGUGAUAAUGUGGGAACAUUGGGUUCUAGUCAAGAGUGUGAAAAGCUGGGUGGUCAGUGUACUUGUGCAUCAAACAUUGUCACUCGAACUUGCUCAGCGUGUAGCUACACGUAUUUUGGAUUUGACAGUGCUGGCUGUGAAGCUUGUAUGUGUGAUGUGAUUGGAUCCAACUCAGUCGAAUGCAAUGAGACUGGUUAUUGUGAUUGCAAGGGAAAUGCAGGAGGGCAGAGAUGCAAUGUGUGUAAACCGACGUUCUUCAAUUUUAGCAGCAGCAAUUUAGACAUCUGUGAAGCACUCACUGAAACACCAGAACCUGUGUUUACAACAGAAGCCCCAACUCCAGUGCCUCUGCCAUCUGCAACCCCAACCCCAACACAAGCAGUGCCUACACCAUCUGCACCAGUAACACCAACAACUGCAAACUUUUGUCGGCAAUGGUACUCUGAAGAUGGAGGGACUUUCGGAAAUUUAUCACAGUGGAUAUCGUUUUUAGUUCCCUGUCCAUGGACAUUAUUGCAUGCUGAGCUUGACUUUCGAUUCAUGCGCAUAUCUUCUUCAAUCGAGAGUGGAGAGUGUUACAUCCAACGAUUUCAUUUUCAGAUUGCAAUUGGAGAGAGGGUUGUGACACCAGAGACUGAGUGCUGUUAUGCAUCUAGAUAUUUGCAUUCUGGAGUUCUAAUUCGAGCCAGAGUGUAUUUACGCUAUCUAUUCAACUUUCCAUAUAGUCCUUUUCAAUUGAGAGUUCAGCCAUAUGAUUGGUGCUGUCGUCAACCUCACAGCUGUCUUCCUUACCUUGAUGUGCAAGUUAAUUCAUUGUUGUCAUGCUAUUGCCCUCCUCGUCUGGGAAGUGGUUAUGGUGAUCCUCACUUUCGCACAAUGGAUGGCAAAUUAUUCACAUUUAAUGGACAAGGAGAGUACAUAGUCAUGAAGACUAGAGAUGAGUCAUUUGUUCUGGAAGGUCGUACUGAACCCAUUGGAGAAGGCAACUGUAGUGCUACCGUAUUGACAGCAUUUGCAAUGGCUCAGUUCCUUCCCAGUGCCGAUUUCACCACAAGUGACCCCAAUUCAACUGUACUUCAUGUGCAGCUGACGACAAACAACAGACUACAAGUGUUUGCAAGGCACAUUGGAGACGUUUCAUUUGUCAACAUUACAAGCAAUUUUACUGAGCUGAGCAACACAUCUAUUCUCGUCUUAGACAACGUUGUCAUAUCACAACCAGACUGCGCAACAUUUAUAGCUGUGUUUAGUUCAGAUAUAUCAAUAAGAGUGGAGGCAAAGAAGGCACUGUUGGCUGUUGUGUUUGCAGGUGCAAAAGAUCUCAUCGGUAAUACAAGUGGACUCUUGGGAGUGUGGGACGAGGAUUCAAAAAAUGACUUGACAACAAGAAAUGGAACUAUUUUAGCAUCUACUGAUUCAGAUGAAAGAAUACACUUUCAAUUUGGACUUUCAUGGGAAGUGCAGUCAAGUGAAAGUUUGUUCUAUUAUGACAGUGGUAAUGGUGGCAAUGGUUUAGGACUUGCAAACAAUACCAUUUCAGAAGCAAUUCCUUGUUUUGUUGAUGAAAAUGAUUUAACAAAUAUGGCAAGCUCAGUCCCAAACCUGAUCACUACAUGUGGUGGAAAUGAACAGUGUCUUUUUGAUGGUGUCGUGACUGGAGAUGUAGAAAUUGCCUUUCAGACACUUUCCACUCAACAGAUGAAUGAAGAUAAUGCUGUGACAUUGAGUAACAGACCACCCAUUAUGAAUGGCAGUGAUACUCUUUUUGCUUCUGUUUAUGAGACCACAGUUUAUUCGUUUACAGCUACUGAUGCAAAUGAUAAUUUCACUGUUACUCUUCAAGGAAAUCUACCACCAACAGAUGAGUUUACAUUUUCACCAAUGGGUAGCAUGUAUAACUUUACUGCUUAUACCUUUACUUGGACUCCUACGUCUACACAGAAUGUAAGCAUUCAGUUUCUUGCAGUGGAUUCUGUAGCAACAUCCACUCUGUUGCAUCCUUUGGUUAUACUGUGUGCUUGUAAUCAUAAAUUCAAUGCAACUUGUACUGAUGGACACCCCGGAGAGGACAAAUUCUUACUGCAGAAUUGUGACUGUGGACUAGGCAAUGGUAGCACUUUGUGCAAUGUGGAUGUUGAUAUUGACUGUUUCCCAUUUUAUAAAUGUACUGACUAUCCAUCAUGUGAAUGCUCAAAUGGGACUGUUCUAAGGAAUGGCACGUGUUCAGAAACUCCUUAUCCAACAACUGCAAAUGCCAGCAAACCAACAACUAGAUCAAUGCCGACAGCUAACCAUGAAAAAGCAACAGUAACAUUUCUCAAUGUAACAGUCGAACAGUUUAAUAAAACUACUUUUAAGCAAGUUGUUGCUGAACUUCUAUCUGUGCACUGCAAUGAAAGUGACGUACAGUCAACAAACAGAACUGCUAUCAAUGUGACUGCUGCUGAUGUCAACAUUAUACGUACUAUUCCGGAUGGACCUGAUGUUCUAGUCUGCAUUACAGUCAGCUGCCCUGAUGGAGGAGAUACUGUUGCUGCAUCUAAAGUAGUGCUGGCUCUUAACACUAGCUGUGCGAGACAAAGGUUUCAAGCAGUUGGUUUGACAUUAGGCCAAGUCUUUAUCAACAGUACGGUUUCUUUUCCUACUACUACUACUACAUCAGUAUCUUCAACUUUAUCAGAAACUCCACAUACCAACCAAUCAACAACUGUAUUGGGUAUUACAACAGCAUCAACACCCAUGGCUAACAGUGAAGGAACAACUUCAACUUUAUCGGAAACUUCACAUACCAACCAAUCAACAACUGUAUCGGGUAUUACAACAGCAUCAACACCCAUGGCUAACAGUGAAGGAACAACUUCAACUUUAUUGGAAACUCCACAUACCAACCAAUCAACAACUGUAUCGGGUAUUACAACAGCAUCAACACCCAUGGCUAACAGUGAAGGAACAACUUCAACUUUAUCAGAAACUCCACAUACCAACCAAUCAACAACUGUAUCGGGUAUUACAACAGCAUCAACACCCAUGGCUAACAGUGAAGGAGCAACUUCAACUUUAUCGGAAACUCCACAUACCAACCAAUCAACAACUGUAUCGGGUAUUACAACAGCAUCAACACCCAUGGCUAACAGUGAAGGAACAACUUCAACUUUAUCGGAAACUCCACAUACCAACCAAUCAACAACUGUAUUGGGUAUUACAACAGCAUCAACACCCAUGGCUAACAGUGAAGGAACAACUUCAACUUUAUCGGAAACUUCACAUACCAACCAAUCAACAACUGUAUCGGGUAUUACAACAGCAUCAACACCCAUGGCUAACAGUGAAGGAACAACUUCAACUUUAUCAGAAACUCCACAUACCAACAGACCAACAACUGCAAAUGCCAGCAGACCAACAACUACAUCAACACCAACAGCUAACCAUGAAAAAACAACAGUAGCAUUUCUCAAUGUAACAGUCAAACAGUUUAAUAAAACUACUUUUAAGCAAGUUGUUGCUGAACUCCUAUCUGUGUGCUGCAAUGAAAGUGACCUACAGUCAACAAACAGAACUGCUAUCAAUGUGACUGCUGCUGAUGUCAACAUUAUACGUACUAUUCCGGAUGGACCUGAUGUUCUAGUCUGCAUUACAGUCAGCCUCCCUGAUGGAGGAGGUACUGUUGCUGCAUCUAAAGUAGUGCUGGCUCUUAACACUAGCUGUGCGAGACAAAGGUUUCAAGCUGUUGGUUUGACAUUAGGCCAAGUCUUUAUCAACGGUACAGUUUCUUUUCCUACUACCACUACAUCGGUAUCUUCAACUUUAUCAGAAACUCCACAUACCAACAAAUCAACAACUGUAUCGGUACUUACUGAAACACCAGAGCCUGUGUUUACAACAGAAGCACAUACUGAAACACCAGAACCUGUGUUUACAACAGAAGCACUCACUGAAACACCAGAAGCUGUGUUUACAACAGAAGCACCUACUGGUACUCAAACAUCAGAACCAGUGCUUGUGUUUACAACUGAAGCACCUACUUCAACAACAGAACCAACAGAAGGAUACUGUUAUUGCCCGGAUUGUCGAGUCGUUAGUAUAUUUCGUAGUGAGGUCACUGAUGGAGAUGCUGCGACAAUCUCAAUCAAUAAAGAGAAGGAAAUAUAA